AAGUGCCCACUAACUGGGACGGUCGAACCUCGAACUUGAAAUGGGAAACGACAAAUUUUCACAACAGGAUCCUCCGCCGAUGGGCUUUGCAUCUGCACCACCACAGCAGGGAAAUCCACAGCAAGGAUAUCCACAGCAGGGAUAUCCGCAGCAGGGAUAUCCACAGCAAGGAUAUCCACAGCCAGAGUUUCCCCAACCAGGAUUUGCACAACCAGGAUACCCCCCAUCGGGAUAUCCUCAGACAGGACAUUCCUGGAACGCCCCACCACCACAGUCUGGAUUUCCGGGUUACCCACCACCACCCCAACAAGGAUAUCCCCCACAAUUCUACGGAGCACCACCAGGCUACGGAUCGCCACAUCCACCACUACCUCCUAAUCCGCCCCAGCAAACCACCACGGUGAAUAACAGUUGGUACAGUCGCAAUCAGAAGAACAAGCCACAAUCUAAUGCAGUUGGAGCAGCGGGUCUCAUUUUUGUCUCUGGCGGCAUGAACAUUGCGUGGAGCAUUGGAUUCCAUGGAGCACUCUACUAUAAAACCACUGAGCACAAUUUCGCAGCCUGGUUCAUUGGUGGCAUUAUAGGAGCUGUGCUCAGCUGGUUUCUCAUCAACAAAGUGGCCAAGAAGUAUGUCCUGAUCUUCAGUUCGAUGCUAGUGAUGAUUGGCGGAAUACUGAUUGCUAGUACGAAGAAUAGUGGCAACGCCACGUUGGCGGCAUGCUAUCUGGAUGGAAUUGCCAACGGACUGGUGUUUGCUCCAAUCAUGGCCUUGGCCGGAGAGGUAUCGGUGUCCUACAUGAGGGGAUUGGUCUCAGCCAGCAUCGAUCAGAUGUGCUUUGGACUGGGCAUCUUCCUGCAAAUCAUCUACAGCUCCCUGUGGAUUUCGACGGGUUACCAGUCGUAUAGCUCCUUCUCGGCGGAGAAUAUGAAGGGAGUGCUAAGCAUUAUAUAUGGAUUCUUUGCCCUUAUCAUCGGCUCACUGCUGUGCAUUGAAUCUCCGGUGAUAAUGCUGGCCAAGAACAAUGACGAGCAGGGAGCUAUUGACGCACUGAGACGACUCCAGAGGCCGUAUACCUUGACCAACGAAACCUUCGAGCAGCUGGCGGAGCACAAGAAGUACUUGGCCCAGAACAAGGACCUUUCGAUGGGUCAGAGCAUCGGACAGGCUGUGCCCACCCUCAUAAAACUCGUUCUACUUCGCGGUCUGAAUGCCAUGAGCAUUUCCAAAUUUGUCGAGCUGGGCUUUGUGUAUUCGCUUGGCAAUACGUAUGUAUAUGGAUCGUUUUCGGUGGGUUGGUUCAUUGGAUUCGGCGUUUGCCGCUGGAUGGGCAACUUUAUAGCCACUUUCUGCAUGGAGUCCUGUGGACGAAAGAAGCCUACACUUCUGGGUCUCAUCGUUUGCAGUGUCUUGUCCUUUGUGGUGGCAGGCCAGCUCAACAUCUUUACCUACGAUACCGGCAACACCAUAAUGUUGCUGGUCUUUGAACUCUUCGCCGGAAUCGCCUUUACAGCCACAUCACCAUACCUUUCGGAGGCCUUUCCACUCGAAGUAAAGCAGCACUUCAUAUCCUUCACCUUCAUUGCCGAGAUGCUGGUCUUCAUUGUGUUGACCUUGAUCAGAUGGAGCUUUUCCGGCGGAGCCAACUACUUCUAUGUGAUGGGAGGACUCUAUCUGUUUGGCUUCUUCUUCGGCAUCGUUUGCCUGCCGGAGACGAGAAGGACCACUUUGAGGGAGGCCCAGGAUAAGUUCAGCAAAUUCAUCAGCUUGGGUUUCUAGUUGGUAGAAUACGUCUAUUACCGCUUUAGUCAUGCCAAAGAUAAUAAAUAUUUAUCGCAAAGUAA